CACAGUGCUGCAGUGUCAGACAACAUGAAGUUUAUCAUCUUCGCCGUCGUUGUGGCCGUGGCCAGCGCCGCCCCCCAGUACGCAGCCCCUCAGGCACCUACCCGCUAUGCAGAGUCAAGUGAAGAGGUGGCCAUUCUGAGGCACGACUUUGUACCUGGGGACGCCGGCGCCUACAAGCUUGACGUGGAGACUGCCAACGGCAUCGUUUUAUCCCAGGCUGGCUCUCCUGACGGUCCAGAGGGCGCUGUUGUCAAGGCUGGGCAGUAUUCCUACACUGCUCCUGACGGCACUCCCGUCGUUGUAAAGUUCGUCGCCGACGAGAACGGCUACCAGCCCCAGUCUGACCUGCUGCCAGUGGCUCCUGAGUUCCCCCACCCAAUCCCCCAGUUCGUGCUGGACCAGAUCACUAAAGCUGCUGAGGAAGACGCUGCCGCCGCUCGCGGGAAGUCUUCUGCUCCCUCCGCCAGCUACGGUGCUCCAAACUAAACAGCUGCGUGCAAUGAUAUUCCAUAUGACUGCAAGUAUGCUCAUGGUCCCAAUGCACCAUAGUGUCAUCUCAUUAUUUAUUAUCUUUACUCUUUUUAAAUUAAACUCGUGUUAUAAAUAUAUACGAUAAUAUUUAAUAUUUCCAUGGGUAAUUAUCAAUGACUGAUUAUGGCUAAAAUUGCAACCCGUGCAGCCGGUGGUUGAAUAAUUCAAACAAUAACUGGGACGUCUAUAAUAUGCCUUGCCACCAGUUAUUUUGUUUGUCAUCUUGCUCCCCAUACCAAUUCGGGUGGGGUUAAGGAUUUUACUCUAUAUAUAUAUCCACGCCCCAGAAGGAUUCGAAUCCAUGGCGUACGUGGUUCCUUAAACCACUCGACCACCGUGACUGUACAAAAGUCAUUGGUAGCCGAAGCUACAUCCUGAACGACCCGACAGCACACGUUGAAUAGCUUGGAUUACCAAUGACUAUAGUGCUGUCGGGACGUUGGGGAUAUACCCUCGGCUACCAAUGACUUUUGAGCAGUCAUUGGGUCGAGUGCUUAAAGUACCAGGUACCCCAAGGUGCAUAGUGCUCCUGGCUGUCUGGGUUCAAAUCCUUUUGGGGUGAGAAAGUCUGAAGUCGAAAAUUGGUGCCACAACAGAGGUUUUAUGAUUGAUCAGCCUACAUUCUGGCCUGUGUUAUGGUGUUCACAACCUUACGCCCAGCCAUUGGAACACAAUGAAAUCACUUUAGUGCAAGUUACCUUAUUGUGCCAAGUAUUUUCUCCAACCUGUUUAGAUAGUACCUGUUGCGACGAUCGUCCAUAGUCACGAAGGUUGUGAGCACUAUUACCCAGAGGCCAUAUUACAGGCGGGCCAAUUGUAAAACCCUGAUUGUGGCCUUCAGAGCUUCCUAGGGAAUUCAGUAGAGUUCCGGGAUGAUUGACUAUUUUUCCUGGCGUGACUGAGUGGGUUAAGGUGAGCAUCUGUGAGUCACCAGAACGGUGGCAGAAGUCACCUCAUUACUUCAAAGGAUUUUCUCAAUAAAUAAUAUCCACAA